AUGGACCAGAAGACUAUGAAGAAACUGGUGGAAUCCAUCAGUAAUACUGUCAAGAACUUCAAAAAAAGUGAAGUAGAGUGUCUCAUAAGACUUUUUCACAGCUUGGUGGAAAGAGCUAAUGUAAGACUUAAUAACUUUGGACUAGAUCGUAAUGCAUUUCGAGCGAUCCUGCACAGCGUAUUUGGAAUGACUGAUGAUAUGCUAAUGAACAGGGUAUUUUUUGCAUUUGACAAAGACAAUGAUAACUGCAUAAAUGCCAAAGAGUGGGUUAAAGGAUUAUCGGUGUUUCUUCGAGGGACUUUUGAAGAAAAGCUUAAGUUUUGUUUUGAAGUUUACUAUUUGAACGGUGAUGGUUACAUUUCUCAAGAAGAGAUAUUUGACAUGUUGAAGAACAGUCUGCACCAACAGUCAUCUGAGGAAGAGACUGAUGAAGGAAUAAAAGAGUUGGUAGAUAUAACACUGAAGAAAAUGGAUUAUGACAAUGAUGGCAAGAUAUCUUUUGCAGACUUUGAAAAAGCAGUAAAAGAAGAUAAACUUUUGUUGGAAGUGUUUGGACCAUGUUUACCAGAAGCAAAGAAUUGUAUUGAUUUUGAAGCCCUGGCAUUCAGACACAUCCUGACUUCUAGUUUUUGA